AUAACAAACAGCUACGGUUUAAGUAGCUUAAUCAAACUGACUGAGUAAACUUAAAGCCAAGGACCAAGGUACUCGUUUUCUGUUAACAACUGUAGGACCGACUGUAGGCUAACAUUUUCUUGGUAUGACACGCGAACUUCAAAAGCAAACCAACGACGGUUGAAGCCUCAACAAAACCACCCCAAUUCCUCACCUGUCUCUGCUUCAUACGUUUUGUACUAUAUAACCUCAUAUGGCAAAACAAAACGACGGAGUAACCGGAUUCUGAUUCUUUUGUUAUAAACGAAACGACUUGUCGCUCAAGCUUUGACCGGUAGAGGGAAAAACAAAUAAGAGAAUGUGGCAGAAUGGUUUUCCCGGAGAACGAGAACUGGAAAGCUCCGGUGGCCGGACGGUGUUGGUGGGUAUAAAGUUGGACUCUCCGAGUAGAGAGUUGCUUACGUGGGCUUUGGUCAAAGUGGCUCAGCCUGGUGACUGUGUGAUUGCUCUGCAUGUUCUUGGCAAAAAUGAGAUUUUGGAUCGAGAUGGGAAGUCGACGCUUCUUUCGCUUGUCAAAGCGUUCGACUCUGUUCUUGCUGUCUAUGAAGGUUUCUGCAACUUAAAACAGGUGGAUCUUAAGCUGAAGAUUUGCAGAGGGGCUUCAGUGAAGAAAAUUUUAGUUCGAGAAGCAGAAUCUUAUUCUGCAAGUAGACUUAUAUUGGGAACUGCUCGGAACCACCAUACAAUCCGUUCUACUACUUCUGUAGCCAAGUACUGUGCCAAAAAGCUGGACAAGGAUUGCGGGAUUCUCGCUGUAAACAACGGGAAAAUUGUCUUCAAAAGAGAAGGCUCAUCAAGAAAAACCGGUGACGACCCAAAAGGAAUAGAAGAAGAUCAGCGGCGAAAUGGUCUUCUGGGUGGGUUUCCCCGGACACUAAGCGACAUCCCAAAAGGAGUAAAUGACGAUCCUUGCAAUGACUGCUCUAUUCCGGACUGUACGGAGAGCAAUGUUGAAAAGAAGUGCUGCACAAUCUGUACGCCAGUACCUUCGUUGUCGCAUAAAUCUUUUGACCAAACCGCUAAAGAGAGAGAAGCCUCUGCUAAUGGCGGUGAAAAAGACGAGUCUUUGGCUUUAGUUCGGGUCCAGAAAGCAGAGCCUGCGCAAAGUUCAAUCUCUUUAGUGUUCAUAGAAUUACCCGAAGCGAAACCCGGGUGGCCGCUACUUCGCUGCACCACCUUACCGGACCGCAGAGAACCGGAAAAGGCUAUGGUGCGGCAGAUCUCAGUGGUUCAGUGGGCAAUGCAGCUCCCCAGUCGGCAAAUUUCAUCUCACGGCGAGUUUGGUCCGAGUGAAGAUCAGUCUUCCAACCUGAAUAGUGAAAGUGGAGCAAUUGUUCCGGUGGAUACAGAAACGACAACGACGAAGGCUUCACCGUCGUUUGAGAACAGCUCCGAAAGCUUACCCCGAGAGUUGGAGGGUCUCCAUGAGAAGUACUCGUCCACAUGUAGAUUGUUCAAUUACCAAGAACUCUUGUCAGCGACAUCAAAUUUUAUGCCAGAUUAUUUGAUCGGGAGAGGAGGAAGCAGUCAAGUGUACAGAGGCUCCCUUCCCGACGGUAAAGAACUCGCUGUGAAAAUCUUAAAGCCAUCAGAGGAUGUAAUUAAAGAGUUUGUGCUUGAAAUAGAGAUCAUUAAUACCUUAAACCACAACAACAUUAUUUCGCUUCUGGGGUUCUCUUUUGAGGUCAAUAAUCUUCUCUUAGUCUACGAUUUCUUAUCUAGAGGAAGCCUCGAAGAGAAUCUUCAUGGGAAGAAGAAAGACUUGCAUGCAUUUGGUUGGAAUGAGAGAUAUAAGGUGGCUUUGGGUGUGGCCGAGGCCUUGGAUUACUUGCAUAGCGGUUGUGCUCAACCUGUUAUUCAUAGAGAUGUUAAAUCGUCGAAUAUUCUAUUAUCUGAUGAUUUUGAGCCACAGCUCUCUGAUUUUGGACUUGCUAAGUGGGCUUCAACCUUAUCAACGCAUAUAACUUGUACUGAUGUUGCAGGAACCUUUGGUUACCUUGCUCCUGAAUACUUCAUGUAUGGCAAAGUAAAUAACAAGAUUGAUGUAUAUGCAUUUGGGGUUGUACUCUUAGAACUUCUUUCAGGAAGAAAGCCUAUAAGCAGUGGCUAUCCAAAAGGCCAGGAGAGCCUAGUCAUGUGGGCUAAGCCAAUUCUGUAUGGGGGGAAAGUUUCCCAGUUACUAGAUCCAUGCUUGGGCACUAAUUAUAACCAGGACCAGAUGGAAAGAAUGGUUUUAGCAGCUACUCUUUGCAUUAAGCGAGCCCCACGAGCCAGGCCUCAAAUGGGUCUUGUUGUAAAACUUCUUCAAGGUGAUCCUGAGAUAACUAAGUGGGCAAGGCUACAAGUUCUUGAUGUGAAAGAAGCCGACAUUGUGGACGAGGACGAAGCUUUUCCGCGUUCUAAUCUGCAAUCACAUCUAAACCUUGCACUGCUUGAUGUGGAGGAUGACUCCCUCUCUAUGAGCAGCAUUGAUCAAAGAGUGUCAUUAGAGGACUACUUGCAAGGCCGGUGGAGCCGCUCAUCAAGCUUUGACUAACUAUAACCUUACAUGCCAAAUCCUAAAAACUUGUUAUUCACCUUUGUGUGUGAUUCUUUUGUAUAUUAGUUUAGGCGGAGAAAAAGAGACAAAAACAAAUGUACAAAGAGGGUUUUUGGAUGAGAGGCUGUUUGUGGGUGUUCCCUCCUCCUUCCCCUUUUACCACUCCACAAAACUAGUCCUUAUUCGUGGCAUUGUUUUUUUUAUUUUUAUUUUUUGUAAUAAUUUCUUGGUGUUGGGUUUAAUUCCUUUGGUCCCCAAUUAGAGCAAGAGUGACUAAUAGUGUAUUGUAUGCUAAACAAAGACAACGAGUUUGUAAUUCUUAGUAAGAACAAAUAAUAUUUGAAAAAAAAGCUUAUGUAAA